AGGUGAGCAGCGGCCAAUGGGCGAGCGUGGGGCAGGUGCCCGCUAACUCGCUCCUCGCAGCGCCGCCGCCGAGGCCAGGCUGGGCACUGCUGGAGGACCCGGGACGGGGGUCGGUCCUGGCUGGACUAAGGAGGGAGGGGGCCGAGCUCAGCCCCCAGGCCGUAGAGGCAGCUCGCAGCGUCGCACGGAGCCCGCCCAGUGCACGCGCCAGGAGCUGCCCGCUCGGCGGCAGAGGCCGGCGCGCCAAGCUGCGCGCUGUGGCCCGACUCCGCGUUCGCUGGCUUGCACGCCCCUCGCCGCUCCGCGCGUGGCUCACCCACAGGGGCUGAGCGCGGGCGGGCGGACGGGGGAGGUGAGGGGUGCUGGUGUGUGUGCAUGUGCCUGGCUGGGUGCACACCCCGCACGGCGGCGGCGCCAGGACGCGGAGCGCUCUCUAGAGCCCGGCUGCCUCUCUCGGCUAAGGCGCCCGCGACCAUGUUCCAGCCCACAGCCAAGCGCGGCUUUACCAUCGAGUCCUUGGUGGCCAAGGACGGCGGCACCGGCGGGGGCAAUGGCGGCGGGGGCGCGGGCUCCCAUCCGUUGGCAGCGGCCGCCUCGGAGGAGCCACUCCGGCCCACGGCGCUCAAUUACCCUCACCCCGGCGCGGCCGAGGCGGCCUUCGUGAGCGGUUUCCCCGCCGCCGCCGCCGCGGGCGCCGGCCGCUCGCUCUACGGUGGGCCCGAGCUCGUGUUCCCCGAGGCCAUGAACCACCCGGCGCUGACCGUGCACCCGGCACACCAGCUGGGCGCCUCCCCGCUGCAGCCCCCGCACUCCUUCUUCGGCGCCCAGCACCGGGACCCUCUGCACUUCUACCCCUGGGUUCUGCGGAACCGCUUCUUCGGCCACCGCUUCCAGGCGAGCGACGUGCCCCAGGACGGGCUGCUUCUGCACGGCCCCUUCGCGCGCAAGCCCAAGCGGAUCCGCACAGCCUUCUCGCCAUCGCAGCUGCUGCGACUGGAGCGCGCCUUCGAGAAGAACCACUACGUGGUGGGAGCCGAGCGGAAGCAGCUGGCCGGCAGCCUCAGCCUCUCGGAGACGCAGGUGAAGGUGUGGUUCCAGAACCGGAGGACAAAGUACAAGCGGCAGAAGCUGGAAGAGGAGGGGCCCGAGUCGGAGCAGAAGAAGAAGGGCUCCCACCACAUCAACAGGUGGCGCAUCGCCACCAAGCAGGCCAACGGGGAGGACAUCGAUGUCACCUCCAAUGACUAGGGUGGACAGCCAUGAACCCAUGAGGGCAGAGUGCUGCUCGCUGCUGGCCAGGCCCCCGGGUGGGCCCAGCUGGACUCUGGCUACUCCCCGGCCGGGCUGUGGGGAAGCCUCAAGUCACAGCCCCGUAGGGCUUCAAGCCUGGGGCUACCACCGACAGAGGGACAAGUAAUGGGCUGGCUGAGGCCUGGGACUGCUCGACCUUCUCCUCGGAGAGCCUGCCUGCCUGCCUGCCUGGGCAGGCCGACAGCCACUGCUGCCUCCCAGCCGUUCUCCAUUUCUCUUUUCUUUUGGUUUUGAUGCAUUUCUGUUUUAAUUUAUUUCCAGGCACCCACUGUAGUUCUUAGUGAUCCCUGUGUUUCCCCUCCCUAUGGGAAUAAUAAAAGUCUCUCUCUUAAUGA